CUUCAUGCUGCUCAGGAGCCAUGGCGGAGCGGACACUGAGGAGGAAUCAGCCGGAGCUCAGCGGGUCCACAGCGGCGGCUCAAACCAACCAGGAUCCACGUUACCUGCAGCACAGCCACAACUAUUACUGACGGAAUACAAUGGUGACGGCUUCUAAAGUUUUACACACAUCUUUAGCUUAUGUCACAGCUGGUCGGUUCAACUUUUCACUAACUGGCAUUUCCCUAAUGUCGAGGGGGGGUCACAGCGACGCAGAGUUUGUUCCGCUUUUCUUUUCUUGCAGUAACGUUACGUGUGUCCUGUAAAGCCAUCUGCCUCAGGCGUAAAUCUGGCGCACUGUCCCGCAGUGGCUCACUGAGCGCCUCUUUAAUAUUGCAAAGCCGAGUCACUGGAGGUUAACAUGGGGGCAAAGCAGAGCAGCCCGACUGCUAAUCCAGCUGCUAACGGACGGACCAGAGCCUACUCCGGCUCGGACCUGCCCUCCAGCACGUCCAGCAGCAAUGGCAGUAGUGUUAGCAGGACUACCGCCGGGGGUGUGAGGUACCAUGCGUACAGUGCGUCCGGAGCCUCCGGAGCCUCGUCCAGCACUAGCCAGCACCUUGGAGCCAGGGCCAGGUCUGUGGGGGGCUCCGGAGGCUCCGGGACCAGACCUCAGUCCGGUAUCAACAUUCCGAACAGCAGCGGAGCCUACAGCUCCCAGGAGUCCGGCGGCAGCAGCCCGGAGGAGGCGGCGGACAGGGAGCGCUCAGGCGGAGGGCACGAAGGUCCCCGGCUGUUGAUAGGAUCUCUACCAGCUCACCUCUCGCCUCAUCUGUUCGGAGGCUUCAAGUGCCCUGUGUGCUCCAAGUUUGUGUCCUCAGAUGAGAUGGAUCUUCACCUGGUCUUGUGCUUAACCAAACCCAGAGUGACAUAUAACGAGGAUGUCCUGACCAAGGAUGCAGGAGAAUGUGCAAUCUGCCUGGAGGAGCUGGUACAGGGAGACACCAUCGCUCGCCUGCCCUGCCUCUGCAUCUACCACAAAGGCUGUAUUGAUGAGUGGUUUGAAGUAAACAGAUCAUGUCCGGAGCAUCCAUCAGAUUAAAGCUUUUUUGCACAGGUACUCAACAAUGUGAGGGAUCUACAAGAUGAUGUGUGGAUCCAGGGAGACUGCUGGACACUGUGAUCAGUUUAACCCCCACCCCCACCCCGCCCAAUAAUGUAGUACCACUGUGUGCCAAAUCUCAUUUAAGCAAUCUUCAGGGAUACAGACUUUUGUGUUUAUGUUUGAGUUGCACAUCCACGCUCAGUCUCAGACUGGAUGGAUUGAUCUCCACCUCACAUCCUCUCCAGCCCUGACACAAAGCCACACAGGACAUUGUGGCAGGCAGGGCUCUUCUUCCUGAGUGGCCAUUGGACAGCACAUGUCAGCUGAUUGUACACCAGGAUACUGGAGGAGGUGGUGGACAUGGUCCUGGAGGUGGGGGCUGGGUGGAGGGGGGGGUGAGUCGGGCGAUGUGUGGAUUAUCCCUCCCCCUCUUACUCUGUCCCUCCCCUCCUCCUUCAGCAUCAGUGUCUACCAGUGCCUUGUUGUUAUGAUGCCCAGCCACGACAGGGCAGGACAGAGGAGUCCAGACUGUCAGCAGAGCCAGCUGGACCAACUGGACGGACUUGCGGGACCAUCUCACCACAACUGCCAUUCUACCAGUCCAGGAGAAACAAGCCAGAGACAGGACAGCGGCAGAAAUAUCUGUCUGCGUAAGCAGCUCGGACGUUUUUAAAACUGAAGCUGCUGCAAACAAUGGUGCCAAUCAACUGUGAAUAUCGUCGAACACUCACACUCAAUCAUCAGUGCUUUUUAAUCAUAUACCAUGGAGUAGAGGUCUUCAGGUACAAAAACCUGCCUCCAAAUCUGAAAUGGAUCCUUGACUUACCAGCCUGAGCCUACAGUAGAGUAUCGCUGCUACCAUGACAUACAAAUAUGUAACCACUUGUAGAUCCCUCUCACUUUGUAACAUGAUACUUUUCUUGUUAUAAUGACAUGAUGCAAGCAAGUUUCUCUGAGAACUUGUUAUGAGGAGAAACUGUUCUUGUUUAAAAAGUUUUGUUGAUUUUUUUAUAACAGGCGAGUUUUGUGAUAUAACACGGUAAAUUGACAUGUUGUUAUAACAAGAAAAGUUUGUUCUUAAAAUGAAAUAACUUGAUUUUUAGUUACAGCAAAAAAAAAGUAUAAUUUUAUAACAUGAACGGGAUCUCAUAACCAGAAACAUUUUUACACAGACCAGAAAGUGAAAAUGUGUUUUUCAUUUCUUUUUUUGUCUAUUUUGCUUUGUGCUACUCCAUGGGGUAAAAGCUUCUCUUGUUUUCAUAAUGUCUGUAAUGUAGUCGUUUAUGUAGGCUGUGUAUUAAUUAUAGCGUUUGAUCAAUCAUUUAAGUUGCUACAAUUGAUUGUUUCCUCAGUGUGCAGGUUCACUGAUUAUCAGUCUUUAAAACAGGUCAGCAGUGUCAGGUGCACAGAAUUACCACAAAUCAAACACUGUCAUACAGAUGAAGAGCAGAAUGGGUUUAAUAUGUUAAUGAAGAAUGAAAAUGAAAUCUAGAUUUUUUUUUUAAUUAAAAAAAAUAAAACAAAACCUAACGUAGAUAGAAGGUUUUUUGUGCAGCAAAAAGAUCCACUUUGAAAUCCAAAUUUCUAAUUUCAUUGUUUUAUUCUCUACUUUUUCCAUAAUCCUUUUGUAGUGCUAUGACGCAGUUUUUCUGUGAGUGAGUAUCCGUUUUGUCUUGUGUAGGACGCAAGGAUGUAGGCGACAUAGGCAACAUGAUGCACAGUCCUGCCAAUGAUGUCUCACUGUUCCACUGAUCUACAGGUGGCAAUACAGCCCAGUCGCCAGAAAUAAUGUUGGCAUCUUCCAUUUCUAAAAAUCACGGACACAUUUCAUUUAUAGGUUUUUAUGUAGUGGAUCCAUUUAAACAUUAUGUUUUAACAACGCUGUGGUUAAUGUGUGGUUAGGUUUAGGCACAAAAACAGAAAUGUUAUGACUAUAACCUCCGUUACCUGAAGGAGAGGAACAAGAUACAACCCUGCUGUGCAGCUGGGCUUGGUGAAGAGCAGCUAUCGAACUGAAGAAUGACUGUGGUGAUGGAUGUGUAUAUACAUAUGUGUGGGCGGGGCCUCACAUACGUCACCACAGGUCAUCUGAUUUAAUAGGCGUGAAUAGAAGUGUCUUCAGGUAGGUCACAAGGGGUGUGAUAUCCCAUAGUAUAUGUGUUGUACCGAGUGAAUCAACUGAAUGGGAACACUUGGUUAUGGUCAGGAAAAGAAGUACCCAGUUUUGGUGGCACAGUUACCUCUGGGAAAGCAGCGAUGUCUUGGUAAGAAACAACUACUUUUUGUUGCACAGGAAGGCAACACAGUGACAGGUCGUGUAAGAACACCCACAUUUUUUGGCUAAAAAGCUGCUCGAAACAGCGAUGACUCGCCAAAACACAACAGGUUUUGUCGUUUGUCGGUCUCCAACAGUGACCUGCAGCUUGGCAGGCAUUUCACUGAGUGGACAUGCCAUCCUCUAUCCCCUCCUCCCCCUGAAGACAAAGUCACCUCAUAUACUACGUCACUUUAGAAAUAUGAUAUGUAUGAAAGGUGCAAUUGUAACAUUUGUGGUUUGUAGAAACACACAGUGCCAACAUUUGUUCUUGCAACUGGGUUGGGCAGAUAUGCAGCAAUCCACCAGCAAAGGCAGUAAAUAUGAAUGUAACCAAGGCAGGCUUUGUAUUCAUGAGAAAGGAAAUGUAUUCAUUACAUUUGUCAGGGCCGGAGGAUUUGCACAUUUUUGGUGAAUGUAAACAAUACCUCCACAGGGGGACUGUAAUGUGAUCCCACACAGUUUCCUUGUACUCAACUCUGCAGGUUCCAUUUCUCUGACAGUGUUUGAAUAGUUCUAAUUUUGUGUACAUGACACUGCUUCCUGUACGUGUUUAAAAAAGUUUGGACUGUGAUAAUGACUGAGCCUGCACACAGAGGAAGGAAUCAGCAGAGACACCUGUGCUUGUUACAGUUACCUGAGUGCAUACCAGUUGGAACUGCAAACUUUGCUGUUUUAAACGCACCGAUCCUUUACGAUAACAUUCGUAGCAACAACCAACUUUUGGUCCCCCACUGGCAAUUUGUUCUACUAAACCUGUUAUGUACAGGUUAUGGGAGAAGUUUCUAUGGUUGUCGUCCUGCAGGAAGUCAUUGACUUGCUUGGCUGGUGAUUGGUCGACUCAGCUACAACAGACUGGUCACAGGUUCAGGCAGCAUACAGACCCAGCACCAAGUUAAGUUGGCCAAGGACUGAGGGACAAUGAAUGAGUGGACUUUUAACACCACCAGUGUGUUAGUUAAGGCUUUCAUGGGCUCAGGUUUGCCUGAAGACCUCUACCAUGGAGGAGCUAAUGUGUACAGAUUUUUAAUCUAGUAAAAAGCGAUCACAGAUGAUUUCAUCGACAAGCUCAUCAUCCACCAGAGAAUAUGAACUCAUCAGUGAAAUCACCAAGUGCAGAUCCCAAAGCUACAAUGGAAUCCUUUAUCUCCACCAACUCCCUUUUUCCAUUACGCAGAGCCUAAUGCUCGUCCCACCACCCUGAAGACUAUUUUUAUACUGGAAAAACAAAUGAGCUGCUUCACUGUAACAUUAACAGCGACUUUAAAGGCAAUCCUGUGGAAUCUCAGCUUCUUAUGGAGGUUUUUAAGGCGGGCAUGAUGAAGUUUUCAUUCAAAAUGUUUGUAAAUGAGCAACACAAUUGCCAGAAAAAAAUGUUGGCAUUAUAUGUUCCUGUAAACCACAGAUACAUUAUAUUUGUAUGUUAUUAUGUAACGGAUACACUGACCCUUUACGUUUCCCCGCACUGUGGCUAAUGUGUGGUUGGGUUUAGACACAAUCCAGGCUGAAAACAUGGAGAUAUCUCAGUAAAAGAUAACUGCAUUUCAUGGCACUAUCCCUGCUGGAAAAACAGCAAAGAUUUGCUAAAAACACCCACAUUUGGGGCCUAAAAAAUCCACUGGAAACACAGCAAUGACUUGGUAAGUCACAACAGAUUUUGUUGUUUGUAGGUCUCAAACAAUGGUCUGCAGCUUGGCAGGUGCCUCUCCUAGGUGACACUCUAUCCACAUCCCCUCUCUCCUACAGUAGGUGACACGACAUCCACCAUCCCCUCUCUCCUAGGUGACACGACAUCCACUAUCCCCUCUCUCCUACAGUAGGUGACACGACAUCCACCAUCCCCUCUCUCCUAGGUGACACGACAUCCACCAUCCCCUCUCUCCUAGGUGACACUCUAUUCACCAUCUCCUCUCAACUAGGUGAGACUCUAUCCACCAUCCCCUCUCUACUAGUUGACACGCCAUCCACAUCCCCUCUCUCCCAGGUGACACGACAUCCGCCAUCCCCUCUCUCCUAGGUGACACGACAUCCACCAUCCCCUCUCUCCCAGGUGACACGACACCCACCAUCCCCUCUCUCCUAGGUUACACACUAUCCACCAUUCACUCUGCCUCUUGAUGACAAAGUCAGCUCAUAUACUACGUCACCUUAGAAACAUUGAUAUGAUAUGUAUAACAUGCAAAUAUAUUGUAUUCAUGGUUUGCGGAAACGCACAAUGCCAACAUUUUCUCCUGGCGACUGGGCUGGAAUGAAAGAUGAAGUGUCCCAUAUGGACUCCACUUUUUCUUACUCUCUUUUUUUUCAAUGCAUUUCUCUCUUUGUCUCUUUGAAGUUACCUCCAGGUAGGAGCACAUGGUAGUGGGGGAAAGGUGAGGAAAAAUAAAGCUGGAGCUUUAUUUUGAAAAAGAAGAACCCUCACCACUGCUGCUGUAAUGCUCCUAUACACACAUGCAGUAUUAGACAUCUCAAUGAGUCAAUUCAUGACUAUUUGGGAUAGAGAAUACAGUAUAAAUAAGCGGUAUCCAACCACCCAAGCACAUGUGUAUGGAGGCUUUUUUCCAACCAAUCAACAGAGCAGCUGGUUUUCCAGGUCAGUGCACCUUUGCUGCUGAAUCCCAAAUCCACUUUUUUCCUCCACUCCCUCACAACCUCUCCUAUCAGACACUGACCUGGGUUCAGUGUGACACAUUACUCACACUCUGCACCAUACAUCAAACUCCAUGCUACAUGUAGAACAUUACUAGUAAACUAUGACAGUUAAAGCUACUUGAAAAUCCUCAAAAAAACACAUCUGCUGAUGAGUAGACCUAACUUAUCAGUAUUGAUCAUUUUAUUUGGAACCACUAAAGGAAGAACUGAGUAAGCUUUGGAGUUUUGGGAUCCACCCUAACACACUCAUGACUACUGCGUCACCAUACUGUGUAUGUAAAACCUGACAGCCUCACAGCGAUUACCUGAGCCCUGUAAUACACUGUCCCAGCACACAGCGGUGCUACAGAGUCGUGUAGUUUUCCUCUGCAGUGUGUGGAGGUGGGAACAGUGAGGACUCUCCUCAUCAUCUCUGUUUGUAGCAAUAGUCUGAACAUUUGGCUGACUGAUCUCACAGGGCUCAUUCUCUACCUUCAUCUCUCACGUUAAUCUGCUAUCAGUUAUUAUUUUUCAUCAUUUUCAUGACUGAUCCUACAAAGGUUUGACACUGACCAGUAAUAUCUUUUUCUGUCUGUGAAUUUUAGAGGAAAAGUGCAACAGAUCUGGCCUUAAUAGAUAUGAUGAUGACAUUCAA